ACGAUGGCGGUGGACAGGCCGUACUAAUGAGACAGCGAAAUAAGCGCUGGACACUGUACUUCAUAUCCGUAGAUAAAGCGAUCGUCGGACGAUAAAAGAGUACCGCGGAGUGGUCUUCUUUAUUUCCUGCAAAGAUAAAGGGUCCCCGAGGCAGUUCUAUUACGUGUGUAGAGAGGGGAGUGCGCUGCGCUUUCUAUCACACAUUGUAGCAGGCUGAACAUCAGGCCGGAGCUGGGGACAUCACACAGCAGUCGCCAUGCAGAUCACUCUGAAGACUCUUCAACAGCAAACCUUUAAGAUAGACAUCGACGCCGAGGAAACGGUCAAAGCACUGAAAGAAAAGAUUGAAUUAGAAAAAGGGAAUGAUGCAUUUCCUGUCGCUGGUCAAAAGUUAAUUUAUGCAGGUAAAAUUCUAAAUGAUGACACCGCUCUUAAAGAAUAUAAAAUUGAUGAGAAGAACUUUGUGGUGGUUAUGGUAACAAAACCAAAAGGUGCAGCAUGUCCUUCGGCUCCUUCUCCAGCAGUAUCCCAGCCAGUCAGUGCUGCAGCUCCAGCUCCGGCCUCACCCCCCCUUACAUAUACACCAAUUGCUAGACAAAACGCCCCUAUACCCUUGCCUGUCCCUUUACCUCUACCCACUGUUUCUGCUCCUGCUGCACCUACUUCUGAGCCAUCCACAACCACUGCACCUAAAGAAGAGAAACCUGAAGAGAAGACUGUCAGUCCACCAGAGACAGAGAGUCCCUCAUCAACUGAGUGCAGUUUACCAACUGAUUCUUCUAGACCAUCUCUUUUUGAAGAUGCCACAAGUGCACUUGUUACAGGUCAAUCGUACGAAAAUAUGGUAACUGAAAUUAUGUCAAUGGGCUAUGAGAGAGAACAAGUAAUUGCUGCCCUGAGAGCGAGUUUUAACAAUCCAGACAGAGCAGUUGAAUACCUUCUGAUGGGAAUUCCUAGUGAUAGUGAAGGUCAGGCAGUUGCAGAACCUCCUGAGGCUCUUAGCAGUACUCCCACUGAGCCUCUUCCAGUUGCGGCAGGUGCAGCAGCAACUACUACUGUACCAUCUACACCUUCAACAGGAGGAAAUCCCCUUGAUUUCUUGCAGAAUCAGCCUCAGUUUCAGCAGAUGAGGCAGAUCAUUCAGCAGAAUCCUUCCCUGCUACCAGCACUUCUCCAACAAAUUGGUCGGGAGAAUCCUUCACUACUGCAGCAAAUUAGCCAGCAUCAAGAGCAAUUUAUUCAGAUGUUAAAUGAUCCAGUCCCAGAAAGUGGGGGGCAAGGUGGAGGCGGUGGAGGUGGCAGAGGCGUUGCAGCAGAGGCUGGAAGUGGUCAAAUGAACUACAUUCAAGUCACACCUCAGGAAAAAGAAGCUAUAGAAAGGCUAAAAGCACUAGGAUUCCCUGAAGGACUCGUGAUCCAAGCUUAUUUCGCAUGUGAGAAGAAUGAGAAUUUGGCUGCCAAUUUCCUCCUACAGCAAAACUUUGAUGAUGAUUGAAAAGAAGAGACUAUUUUUUUGUAUCUCACUUCACACCAGUGCAUUACACUAACUUUGCUCACUGGAUUUACUCGGAUGAUUUGGGUUCAUAUCCACAUUAUUCGGGGUAUGGUAGUAACGGGGGGUGGGAUGGAUUGGGAAAUAUUGGAAAAAUUAGGUAAUGAAAAUGCAUACAGCUGCUUUAAUUAAGCAGUAACCGCAACCCGCUUGUAUUAUAAUACAAAGGAAUUAAAACUAUACAACCAAAAUAAAGCUUCAGCAGGCGUUUAUUUUCUUCAAACAUAUGUUCUCUCUUCUAGAUGUUAAAGUUUGCCUUUACUAAUGUACGUCAAUCCAGAAAUUUAGUGUAAUGCCCUGCUUCCUUAUUUCAUUUAAACAAAAACAAGUUGUUUAGAAAUAAUCCGGGGUUUCUUUCAUGUCACUGAAACCUUGCAUUAUUUCUAUAGGGCUUUAAAGAGGUUUGCAAGUUGUAAAUGCCAAAAUAAACAUAGAUGAUCAUC